AAUAAAUGUUUAUAUAUGUUUCCAAGUAAUCAUCAGUCCGGCAAUACUUGAGAAGCUUAAACCCUUUAAUAAUUCUCAUCCCAAAAAAAUAAACUUUUUUUGUUCUGUCUUUCCGCGUGUGGGAUUUCGAUACGAAGGUUUGAAGAAAUUUAAAUGGCGAUAAAAGAGAGAUCACUGGAAGAGACGCCGACGUGGGCUGUCGCAGUAGUUUGCUUCGUUCUCGUUCUCAUCUCGAUCUUGAUCGAAUAUUUCUUACACUUUGUCGGUCACUGGUUUAAAAGGAAACACAAGAGGGCUUUGUACGAAGCUCUAGAGAAAGUUAAAGCCGAGCUUAUGCUAAUGGGAUUCAUAUCCCUUCUUCUAACGGUACUCCAAUCGCCAAUCUCAAACAUUUGCAUCCCGGGGGACGUAGCCGCGACUUGGCAUCCUUGCAACAGUAAACUCGAGCUCAGUAAAUACGGUAAAGAUUACAUCGAUGACGGUAGGAAGCUUCUAGAAGAUUCGGAUUUCGAUCUGUAUAACCCUCGACGGAGUUUGGCCACAAAAGGAUAUGACAAAUGUGCAGAAAAGGGUAAAGUCGCUCUUGUAUCAGCGUACGGUAUCCAUCAGCUACAUAUAUUCAUCUUUGUGUUGGCUGUUUUCCAUGUGAUAUAUUGUAUUAUGACGUACGCUUUGGGAAGUACAAAGAUGAAGAAGUGGAAAAAAUGGGAGAAAGAGACAAAGACUAUCGAGUACCAAUACGCCAACGACCCAGAGAGGUUCAGAUUUGCAAGAGAUACGUCCUUUGGACGCAGACAUUUGAAUAUUUGGAGCAAAUCUUCUGUUACUCUUUGGAUUGCAUGUUUCUUCAGGCAAUUCUUUGGAUCGGUGACCAAAGUGGAUUAUUUGACGCUUAGACACGGAUUUAUUAUGGCACAUUUACCGCCGGGAAGUGCAGUGAGGUUCGAUUUUCAAAAGUAUAUCCAAAGAUCGUUGGAAGAAGAUUUCAAGGUGGUCGUUGGAAUAAGUCCCGUUAUUUGGUUCAUUGCGGUCUUAUUCAUAUUGACCAACACACAUGGAUGGAGUUCAUAUCUUUGGUUACCCUUCAUCCCAUUAGUUGUAAUACUUGUGGUAGGAGCAAAACUUCAAGUGAUAAUAACGAAAUUAGGAUUGAGAAUACAAGACAAAGGCGAUGUCGUGAAAGGAGCUCCGGUGGUUGAGCCCGGCGACGAUCUCUUCUGGUUCGGCCGUCCUCGUUUCAUCCUCUUCCUCAUUCACUUGGUUCUUUUCACGAACGCAUUUCAGUUGGCUUUCUUCGUUUGGAGUACGUACGAAUUCACCCUCAAGAACUGUUUCCACCACAAGACUGAGGAUGUUGUCAUCAGAAUCACGAUGGGGGUUUUGAUACAGAUUCUGUGCAGUUACAUCACUCUACCCCUCUACGCUCUCGUGACACAGAUGGGAUCGACGAUGAGACCGACGAUAUUCAACGAUAGGGUGGCGACGGCGCUGAGGAACUGGCACCACACGGCCAAGAGACACACCAAGCACGGGAACUCCGAGCCGCACACGCCGCUCUCGAGCCGGCCGGCUACGCCUUCCCACGGACUGUCACCGGUCCAUCUCCUUCACAGUUACCCUCACCGCAGUAGCUUCGACCACCAGAGCAGCUUCUCUCCUUCUCCUUCUCCUCCGAGAUUCUCCGACCAUGACGGCGGCCGCCCAAGCAGCCGUUUCUUCGACCCGGAAUCCCAGAGUGUGUCUCGUCACCACCGUGAGAUCGUGGAUUCCGACAAUAGCCCCGGUCGGAACCUGCAGUCUGACGUGGCGAGUCCAAGCGAGAGAGGUGGGAAAGAACAGGGAGUGGGAGUUGGUGAGGAUGUGAAGGUUGACUUGUCGGAAUUCACUUUCACGAAAUGAUUUUGGGGGUUUGACGUUUCUUGUAAAUGGGAUGAACUCGAGGAUGAAUCAAUAUAUUUUCUUUCUUUUUUUA